UGCUGAACGUACUUUUAUUGCUGAGGCAUCUCAUUGGCCCUGUGUUAGUAGAUGCUUUUAAUGCCCCCACCCCUUUCUUUUCUUUCUUUGUACUGAGUCUUAUUCUCUAGUAGUGGCUAGCUUUAAACCCAAGGUAAUCUUUCUGUCCCCCAGUCUCCCAAGUGCUACCUUUAAAGUAUCACACUAUUUAAUCCAAACUAUCUAUAUAAAGAAACUGAUGCCCGGGUUUAGACCAUUUUGCCAGAUCGUGAGGCACCUCUUCUUCCCGCAAGGUGGUGACCGUUUCAAAUGGAAGGUAUCCGCAUCCCUCAUGCACUGGGACUCUUCUUUUUUUUUAAGUAUGGUUUCCGGUAUUUUGGAUUUAAAACUCGAUUGCUUCACUGACAAGUAGAAAAGGAGGCCUGGAAGGGAGCAAGAGAGAAGCGCAGGGACCUGCGCACAGGAGGCGGCCCCGCGGGCGAGGGCGGGCGGGGCGGGCGGGGCGAGCCCUGUGCUCCGGGAAGGUCCUGCGCUGCCCUCCCCUCCGCCCUCCCCAAACAGCAGCGGGUGACACCUGGGCGGCGCAACAGGCUGCCAGCGCCGGGCGGCAGAGAGAGGCUGGCAGCUCCAAGGAGGUCGAGGAUGCACCAAGGAGUCUGCUGCUCAAGAUGGUGAUGAGCAUGGAGAGAGACUGUGUCUAAGACAGGUCCAGAGAGGGUGCACUGAAGAAAUUCUGCUGAAGGCGUAUACAAGGCAUGCAGCAUCCUCCUGAGACCUGUUCAUCCCAUAGACCACUGCUACCUCAAGGAACCUUGCUCUUAUGAUUUUGAUGUCAUCUGCCUAAAACUUUUGUGGAUUCCAGUCAAGACUUUUACUACCAAAUAAGAUACCAUUUAAUUUUGCAUCCUGUAAUCAUCCUGGCUGUGGUCUCAGCUCUUUUUCCCUGAGAACCUCAAGCUACAUUUGUUUGUUACAAUUGUUCCUUUUGUGUAAAUUGUGCUCCAAAAUGAUCGACUUAAGUUUCCUGACAGAGGAGGAACAAGAUGCCAUCUUAAAGGUUCUGCAGAGGGAUGCUGCCCUGAAGAGGGCUGAAGAGGAGAGGGUCAGACACUUGCCUGAAAAAAUUAAGGAUGACCAACAACUAAAGAACAUGAGUGGCCAAUGGUUUUAUGAAGCUAAGGCAAAAAGACACAAGGACAAAAUCCAUGGUGCUGACAUCAUCAGAGCAUCCAUGAGAAGGAAGAGACUCCCAGCGGCAGCUGAGCAGAAGAAGGACACAGCAAUGAGGACAAAGGAGAGCUGGGUGAAUAAUGUCAACAAAGACGCUUCCCUUCCCCCAGAGCUAGCUGUUGUGGAAGAGCCAGCAGAUGACACAGGUCCAGCAGGCCCAAGUUCCAGUGUGGUGGAUCCAGCUUCCAGUGCGAUUGAAAGGUCCCAGGAAAAUACGAGGACUCCAGCUGUGUCUCUGCCCAAGCAAAGGAAGAAUCCAUUCGACAGCCUCGAGACGCCAGAAGAUCUCUCAUCGCAACAAACCAAAACCAAGCAGUCAAAAACUGGAAAAGCUGGUUUAUUUCAGAUUUCAAAAGAGGGUGGGUUGUCAGAAUCAAAAGAAAAGCCAUCUAUUCCAGAUAUGUCAUGUCAAAAGUCAGAGAAACCAAAGCAACCUGUAUCCAUGGAGACAGAAAAUGCGUCUCUUAUCAAAGCUCCAAUCCCCAAAGCCAGAAAACUGAUCUACAAAUCAAAUGACUUAAAGAACGACGAUUACCUGUCUUUUGCUGGACAAAGGAGGGACUCCCUGAAUGCGAGAGGGACUCCAAGAGGGAUCCUAAAGCGCAACUCCAGUUCCAGUAGCACGGACUCAGAGACUCUCCGUUUAAAUUACAACUUGGAUCCGAAAAGCAAAAUCCUAUCACCUGGCCUCACCAUCCAUGAGAGAAUUUCUGAAAAGGAACAUUCUUUAGAUGAUGACUCUUGCACAAACUCACUUGAGCCCUUAAAGCAUGUGAGAUUCUCUGCCGUGAAGAAUGACCUUCCACAGAGUCCUAGACCUGUCCUUGGCCAGGAAGUAGGAGAAUUUACUGUUUUAGAAUCUGACAGGUUGCAAAAUGGAACUGAAGAUACAGGGGACAUAGAUGAGUUUCAGGAUCACCCAGAGUUCUCCCACAGAAAACCUUUGUCUCUUUAUCAGUCAGUGACAAACCCAAGAAUUUCGGAAAGGGAAACAGAACAGCCGAUGUCUUCUGGGUCUAUUCCAAGUGAGGAGAUCUCUUGCCAUUCAGACAUUCUACCCACAAGACCUCAGUGUGUGGAGAGUUCAUCCAUCAUCAGUGAACAAGAUAAAUCAUCACAUUUUACAAAGCUUCAAUCAGAAAUGUCCAAAAGCCCUGAGGAUGAACUGACUCAGUGUGUUGAGCCUGAGCCAUCCCAGACAUCAGACCACAGUUUUAGAGACCAUCGGCAAGGUAAGCCUCUUCUCACGGCUCUCACUGAUCAGACAGCCUCACCCGUGGGUCCAUGUGCUACAGAGAUAAGGAAGACAACUGAUGAUUCCAUAUCUAAAGUCCUAGACUGGUUUAAUCGAAGUUCUCAUACAGAGGACAGUACAUCAACUCUCCAACAUCUUCAAGGACUAGAUCUCAGAGAGCAAACAGACUCGAGAGCACAGAUUAGCAAUACCUUGAUGACAGACAACAUGUCUCUGAAGGGAGACGACACAAAGGUCCCAGCAUCCACUACAACUAAGGUGAAGCCUGUGAGGCCUGACUCAACAUUUCAAGAAGAGGGAGAUGUGCUGGCUUCUGAAAGUUGCCGAGACAGUGACGCACUUCUCAAGUCUAACUCUGAGGAUUUGUCCCAACAAGGCACCCUCAAGAAAGGUCCAGAUACACUGCAACGAUUUGAAAGAUACAGAAUCCCAAGUCACAAGAAUGAAAACAUGGGUGAUAGCCAAGGUUCAGAGAGUACAGGAGAAGGAGUUGGGACCCUUCCUGCAGACAGUGACUACCUGCUCAGACCUCUGAAAAGAUCUGAUUCAGAGGAAGCCCCAUGGAACACUACGCAUCCCAGCAGCUUAGGUAAAGGGAAAACCAAGUUCCAUGUACCUCAAAAAAGUAAGAGGAACACACAUAUAAAUGCUGACUCUUCAGUAAUUUUCCUAGAUUCCAUUUUGAAAGACGAUGCAGAGAGGAAAAGCAAAACCAGAAAUAUCUCCUUCCUAAAACCUUCUCUAGAGACAGAGAAUAGUGGGUUGCCCCCUGGGGCUACUGACAGUGGAUCUUCUUGGAGGAAGCCUGAGGACCAAGAAGAAGUUGGUGAGGAACCCAAGAACCAAGUGCUGAGAGAGAAAUACAAACGGGUGAGCGACAGAAUAUCUUUUUGGGAAGGAGGCAAAGCUGGUGCUAAGUUAAAGGCACCACAGCCCGCAUCUUCUUGUAGCCAGGAGUCAUCUUCAACUAAAGCAUACCAGCCCGUGAAGUCACAAGUCAUGUCCCUGGGCAGUUUAUCUUUAGGCCAGAGUGACUAUAGUCAAGUCACAGCUAAACAUGGGGUCUUUGAUGGGGAUGACCAAACACCUCGUCUCGCUAGUUCUUCUUCCUCAAAUAAACCUGAAACAACCGGGUCCCCAAUAUCAGGUCUAUCCAAAAACCACCCUUCAGGUAACCAGUUCGGUAAAGUAACUCUACCUCAAACUAUGGAGAAUGAAACACACCCUUCUUUGGAGAAAGACAGAUUUCUGAUUGAUAAAUCAAAUGGCAACUUCAAAGUUCUGUCUCUAAGAGAAAGGAUGGAUGAACGCAAUACAGAACACGUCUAUAGUCACUCUCAGUUUGAGAAUCUGAGGAAGUUUUGGGGCCUGGGAGCUGACGGAAACAGUAAACAUAGCGAUGGGAAUAAUACUGCUACAAACAAACAAACGUCUGUGCCGUCGAACAGACAGAAAUCCAAGGAGUUUAACACCGUGAACUUAUCAAGUGAAAAGACCCCUGAAGUAGAAGAAGGAAGACAUUUAAGGCAGGGAAAUGUUGGAGCUGCAGAAGAGAUGGAGAAAUUAAACUUAAAGUGCAGGCUUCCAGCACCACCAGACGAAACCAAAUUUCCACAGAAAACACCCCAAAAGUUCACUUAUCCGUUGGUAGGAAAUGAGCCUUCGAAGGAAGAUGUAGGAAAAAAUACAGAAUGCUUGGUUACCCCAGUGACUGAAAAGGCUUGCUCGGAUCAAGAGAUUCAAGAAUCCAUAGUGAAAACAAGUGUUUUGCCUAAAGUCUCUACAGACACGUUCAAGGACAGGGUACAGAAGUUAGUGGCAGAAGCCACAUCACCAGCAGGCCAGACUUCUGGCAAGGAAGUUCAUGAGCAGCAAGCGCUCAAAGUCGGUGCUUCUGAAAAUGGGGCAUGGCCUCAAAACAAAAGUUUUGUCAAGGAUGAGGAGGAACUCACAGGGGUCAAGAAGAGCACCAAAGAGCUCCAAAGAAGGAUUCCACAGGACUGUAGUGUGGACAAACUCCUGAAGGAAGCAACUGGAACUCCGUCGAGUCCCUUGCAAUCUCUGCAGGAACCGGUUAUGACUAGACCCUCCUCCCCACCUAAAGAGGACCUAUUGUUUAAAAAGUGGAUAAGAGAGAAUCACAGUCCUUCAGCAGAUCAGAGAGAGAGAACAGCUCCUUCCCCACAGGGUGUUGAAACUUUGGCAGGUACAGAUUUCACCUCGAAGGCCAAACAUUGUAACACAGAAGGGAUGCUUCAGUUGACUGCAGAAGGGUCUCCUCCAUUGGCUCAGCCUUCCCAGUCUUUUGAGGGAGUUUCCAGUCCUCCAGCAGAUGUGUCUUUAUCUUGGAAUGCUCCUCUUCUGUCCCAGGAUAGCACCUUGUCUUCUCAGAGGGAAAUUUCUGAGGCUAUAGAGAAAGUUGUUCUUCCCUCCAAACCAGCAAUGACCGAUAUAAAUGCUGUAUUGCAGAAGCUACUUAGAGAAGCUGGAGAAGUAGACACCAAGCUCCCUGAAAGACCCUUAAGCCCUCAGAGAGUGAGUUCUGUGUGGGCUGCUCCAGACCCUGUUGGUCCAAAUGAGGACUCCCAUUCUUCUUACCCGGUUCCUGAUACAACUCAUGAAGGCAGAUCUGCUAGAAUGGCACCAUCAGCACAUGCCACUACGUCACCUACUUAUACUGUGACUCGGUAUGGUCAGGAGCUACUUCAGGAAGUGGCAGAGACAGUGAGGGAGACGAUCAUUCAGCCUAAGCCAGAGUGCCCUGAAUUCAGGGCUGCCUUGGAAAAACUACGAAAGGAAACACUGCAAACUUCCCUGUCAAAAGACGACAAGAAUACAGUGACUAUUUCCCCAUCAGCCUUAACAGGUAGUUGUGAGACGUCCCAUCAGCUUGCUUUUGAAUUCCAUCCUACAGAAAUACAAGAAACUGUAGAGAAGGCUGAGGCUCCAUCAGUUACUGAGAGCAUUUUUGAUGUUGGUCUUGAGAAACUUCUUAAAGAGAUGUCCGAAGGGCCUCGUCAGCUCCAGCUGACAAGAGACAUUUUGGAGAAGCAGACUUCACAGGCAGAGCAAGCAGGGCUCAUGGGAGAAACACCCCAUCCUUUUUUGGAUGACUCAGGAGCCUCUAAAAUGAACUUUGCAAGUAGUGGUUUGGAAUCUCAAGUCAGCCCGUGUGAUAAACAAUUAGGAGGAGAUGAAGCUGUCACUGGUCAAUUGAUAGAUGUCCAGGGUUACGCAGGUGGGUUUGGGGUCUCUGAAUGCCCCCAACCUUAUGAAGACCAUAAAAGAGAGGACGUUGAAACUGUGCUAUUUGUAGAGGACAAAGGCAGAGAAAAGGUUAUUGCAGAAGCAACACGGGCUCCCCAGAAACCAGGCUUUGAAGAAGCUCCUAAAGAAAUGAGGGUGUCCAGAAAUAAGCGCUCCAUUGUUCUCCUGGAAACAAAAGGAAAGGCUACAGAAACAAGCACAGUUAAAUCCGAACUAGCAACAGCAUAUAAGAGACAAGAGAAAGAACAAGGACCAGAGGCAUGCUCUGAAUCUGAGUUUUCAGAUGGGAACACCAGCUCUAACAGGGAGAGCUGGAGAAAUACCUCCAGUUCAGAAGAAGAACACAGCCCUGUUUUGAAAACUUUGGAAAGGAGAGCUGCUAGGAAAAUACCUUCCAAAAGUCUGGAAGACAUUCCAUCAGAUUCAUCAAAUCAAGCAAAAGUAGAUAAUCUGCCUGAAGAAUUAGUCCGUAGUGCUGAAGAUGAUCAAAAAGCAGACCAGGACCCAGAUACAAAUGAAUGUAUACCAGGAAUUUCCACAGUGCCUUCACUGCCUGAUAAUCCGUUUUCCCACCCUGACAAACUCAAAAGGAUGAGCAAGUCCGUGCCAGCAUUUCUUCAAGAUGAGAGCGAUGACAGAGAAACAGACACAGCAUCAGAGAGCAGCUACCAGCUCAGGAGAUACAAGAAGAGCCCCAGCUCAUUAACCAAUCUUAGCAGCUCCUCUGGCAUGACGUCCUUGUCCUCUGCGAGUGGCAGUGUGAUGAGCGUUUACAGCGGAGACUUUGGCAACCUGGAAGUGAAAGGAAGUGUGCAGUUUGCAAUCGACUACGUGGAGUCCCUGAAAGAGCUACAUGUGUUUGUGGCCCAGUGUAAGGACUUAGCAGCAGCAGAUGCUAAGAAACAGCGCUCAGACCCAUAUGUAAAGACCUAUCUUCUACCAGACAAAGGCAAAAUGGGCAAGAAGAAGACCCUUGUAGUGAAGAAGACCUUGAAUCCUGUAUACAACGAGAUAUUGCGGUAUAAAAUUGAAAGGCAAGUCUUAAAGACACAGAAGUUGAACCUGUCUGUUUGGCAUCGGGAUACGUUUAAGCGCAACAGCUUUCUGGGGGAGGUAGAACUUGACCUCGAAACAUGGGACUGGGACAGCAAACAGAACAAACAACUGAAGUGGUACCCGCUGAAGAGGAAGACAGCACCAGUUGCCCUUGAGACAGAAAACAGAGGUGAAAUGAAGCUAGCUCUCCAAUAUGUUCCGGAGCCAAGCCCUGGCAAAAAGCUUCCUACUACUGGAGAAGUGCACAUCUGGGUGAAGGAAUGCCUUGACCUCCCACUGCUGAGGGGGAGCCACCUAAAUUCUUUUGUUAAGUGUACCAUCCUUCCAGAUACCAGUAGAAAAAGUCGCCAGAAGACAAGAGCUGUAGGAAAAACCAGCAACCCCGUCUUCAACCAUACCAUGGUGUAUGAUGGGUUCAGGCCUGAAGAUCUGAUGGAAGCCUGUGUAGAACUCACAGUCUGGGACCAUUAUAAACUAACCAACCAGUUUCUGGGAGGUCUCCGGAUCGGCUUUGGAACAGGGAAAAGCUACGGGACUGAAGUGGAUUGGAUGGACUCUACCUCUGAGGAAGCUGCUCUCUGGGAGAAGAUGGUAAACUCUCCCAACACUUGGGUUGAAGCAAUGCUGCCCCUCAGGAUGCUUCUCAUCGCCAAGAUUUCCAAGUGAUCUUAGUCAGCGGAUUCCACCAUCAAAAGCUACUCCCCGGGGGGAGCUACUCCCCGGGGGGAUCUGAACUUGAGCUGACGUCGUGCACAGAUAUCCUCUCCCAUCGUCACUAAUGACAACUAUGAAGCAUGCUCAACUUAAUCUGCACGCAUUCCUUUGCUUGCAUGGCUCAAGGGAACUAAACCAUGACAAGAUGUACAGCCCAGAAGUGCGAUGUGAUGCCAACAUUCACGGAGACAACUGAACGAGCUAGGAAAACUGAACUGUUGCUCCCACACCAAAGAAAAAGCUAGCUUUACAUGUUUCGUACCACAAUCUGUGUUGCAGUUCAGGCCUGCCUUUUGGUUAUUAAAAUGCUUGCUGGGCAUAUAAAUAGGAAGGUUACGAGCAAAAGGACAAGGAUACUCCUGGGCUGGGGCAGAGAGAGGAAGGACAGAGGUGAUGACAACGACCUACAUAAUAUGACAACUAUUUACUUAGUAACCUCUAAUGAAACAUUGAAUUCCAUCUCAGGGCAGUAAGACUGACUUCACUGCUCAUAAAUCUGCCUUGAGAAACCCCCACACACCCCGACUCCUAUAACGUCACCUUUCUCAGUCUCAAACGGACUUUGGUGCCACCUACUGGCUGCAUAUGGAAUUCAGCUCUUGGCUUAUUUUGGCUUCAUUUUUGCUAAAACGGGUGGCAAGUGUGUAUUUUAUAAGACUAUGCUAAAAUAUUGCAUAUAAUGAUGGUUUUUCUUAUGAUUUUACUAUACGGAAACAGCAUAAUAGUCACAGAUAUGCUUUGCUACAAAGUUUUAAUCGAAAUAUAAAUUGCUCAACUGUAUUGAACUUCCUAUGUAUAAUUUUCAGAAGGUAUUUUGUAAAAACCCUUAGAAUAAAUUAUCAUGACUUAAA